GCGCCGCGGGGAUUUCCAGCGCGAGAGGAAGUGCCGCGAGCGGGAGCGCGAGGGCGCGAGGAGCGCGGGGCGGCGCGGCCGCCGCGUGCGCGAGCCGGUUGCAGCCCAGCAGGGACUUUCCAGCCGGCGGCGGCGGCGGCCGCCGGCUUCCCCGCCCCCCGACAUGGGGCCGCCCGGGGAGCAGGACGCUGCGGACCGCGGCGGCGGACGCGCCCGGCGCCCCUGAGCACGAGCGGCGGCGGACCGCGGGCAGAGUGUCUCUGUCUCACCAUGGAGCCGAGUAAGAAGAUGGACCCUUCCGGCUCACUGCAGCCCAACCCAUCGCUUAAGCUGCACCCGGACCACAGCGCGGCCGCCCCGGUGCUCGUCCCCGAGCAGGGAGGCUACAGGGAGAAGUUCGUGAAGGCCGUGGAGGACAAGUACAAGUGCGAGAAGUGCCAGCUGGUGCUGUGCAACCCCAAGCAGACCGAGUGUGGGCACCGCUUCUGCGACAGCUGCAUGGCCAGCCUGCUGGGCUCUGCCAGCCCGAAGUGCACGGCCUGCCAGGAGAGCAUCCUGAAAGACAAGGUGUUCAGGGACAACUGCUGCAAGCGGGAGAUCCUGGCACUGCAGGUCCACUGCCGGAACGACGGCCGCGGCUGUGCCGAGCAGCUCGCCCUGGGACAGCUGCUGGUGCAUCUGAGGAAUGACUGCCAGUUUGAAGAACUCCCGUGCGAGCGUGCUGACUGCAAGGACAGGGUCCUGAGGAAAGACCUGCGCGACCACGUGGAGAAGACUUGCAAAUACCGCGAGGCCACGUGCAGCCACUGCAGGAGCCAGGUCCCGAUGAUCACCCUGCAGAAACACGAAGACACGGACUGUCCCUGCGUGGUGGUGUCCUGCCCGCACAAGUGCAGGGUCCAGACCCUCCUGAGGAGCGAGUUGAGUGCCCACUUGUCAGAGUGUGUCAAUGCCCCCAGCACCUGUAGUUUUAAGCGCUAUGGCUGCGUUUUUCAGGGGACGAACCAGCAGAUCAAGGCACACGAGGCCAGCUCCGCGGUGCAGCACGUGAAUCUGCUGAAGGAGUGGAGCAGCUCCCUGGAGAAGAAGGUGUCCUUGCUGCAGAAUGAAAGUGUGGAGAAGAACAAGAGCAUACAGAGUUUACACAACCAGAUAUGCAGCUUUGAAAUUGAAAUCGAGAGACAAAAGGAAAUGCUGCGAAAUAAUGAAUCCAAAAUACUGCACUUACAGCGAGUAAUCGACAGCCAAGCAGAGAAACUGAAAGAGCUGGACAAGGAGAUCCGCCCCUUCCGGCAGAACUGGGAGGAAGCGGACAGCAUGAAGAGCAGCGUGGAGUCCCUGCAGAACCGGGUGACCGAGCUGGAGAGCGUGGACAAAAGCUCGGGGCAGGCGGCCCGCAACACCGGCCUGCUGGAGUCCCAGCUGAGCCGGCACGACCAGAUGCUGAGCGUCCACGACAUCCGCCUGGCCGACAUGGACCUGCGCUUCCAGGUGCUGGAGACGGCCAGCUACAACGGCGUGCUCAUCUGGAAGAUCCGCGACUACAAGCGGCGGAAGCAGGAGGCGGUCAUGGGCAAGACGCUGUCCCUGUACAGCCAGCCCUUCUACACCGGCUACUUCGGCUACAAGAUGUGCGCCCGGGUCUACCUGAACGGCGACGGCAUGGGCAAGGGCACGCACCUGUCGCUCUUCUUCGUCAUCAUGCGCGGCGAGUACGACGCGCUGCUGCCCUGGCCCUUCAAGCAGAAGGUGACGCUCAUGCUCAUGGACCAGGGCUCCUCGCGGCGCCACCUGGGGGACGCGUUCAAGCCGGACCCCAACAGCAGCAGCUUCAAGAAGCCCACCGGGGAGAUGAACAUCGCCUCGGGCUGCCCGGUGUUCGUGGCGCAGACUGUGCUGGAGAACGGGACGUAUAUCAAAGACGACACCAUCUUUAUCAAAGUCAUAGUGGAUACUUCGGACCUGCCUGACCCCUGACGGCCGCGCGCGGGGUGAGCAGAAGGCAUCUCCUCGGGGUUGGAACCGCUGUCUCCACCGGGGUCCUGGCUGAGGCUCGGUGAGGACCCGGUGGAGCAGGAAGCGCAGGAGCGGCUGCGGCCGGCGGAGGAGCCGGCGGGACGCUCUCUGUAGACUAGACCGCUUCACCGAAGCAUUCUCAUCCUGCAGCGAGCAGCACUGCUGUCGGAGAAGGCUCCACUUCCAUUUUCAAAGGUCUCAUUCAUUAAGGCGGAAAACAUAUAGGCUAAGAAACGUUUUCUUCCUGAAACGUGAACACACAAAGACACACCCACCACAUGCAUACACGCCUGGGGCUAGCUGGACAUGUCAGCAUGUUAAGUAAAAGAAGAGUUUAUGAAAUAAUAAUGCAGUUCUGAUAUAUUCGUUCUAAACCUCAAGAGUGCAAUCUUGUUUCAAAUACAGCAUAUUGUCCAUUUUUCAGGCCUCACUGGUCUCUGUUUUACUGAUUUGUUUUCAGAAGACCCUGAAGCCACCUCGGUCUUGUCUGGAAGUCUCUAAAUUCAGAAUCAUUUUUUAAUUUAAAGCUCUAAGAUAAUGGUUACUGCAGACAUUUUAUUUUAUUGAUGUUGAUAGACUUAUAUUUCUUGGAAGAAAAUGUAAACUAUCCAACACUGGUUAUCACUUGUGAUAGGAAGAGAAUAUUCAAUCUGUGUUAUUUCUCGUUAGAAAUGUAAACCUUCAAUAUCUGUCGUAGUCGAUGACACUACUUCAAAUUAUUACGAAAGGAAAUUGCUCAUGGAUGCUGUGCAUCAUUUCAGAUUUAUAAUUGUUUUCACCCUAAAAUAGGGCAUUAGUUGAACUUCGGAGUUCUGAACAAAGUCCUGCAGGCUUUACAUUGUGCCCACGAGUUCCGAUGGUCUGAUCGCCGACAGCGCCGCCCUGGCGUCCAGCACCGGGUGAGCAGGCGACGUGCGCUGAAGGCAGCCAGGCAGGGGUCCCUCCAUUGUCAUUCCGCUGCGUCUGUCCCGGCCUCCGAAGUGACAUCUUUGCGUAGAGGUGGUGGCAUACUGUACCUGUGCCUUACCGUGCACGCUGCUUCCCCACCCAGGCUCUGUGUGCUCUGUGAUUCUAGGGAGUGACCGGCUCUGGGCCCCCCUGCUCAGUCACCCCUGAUUGUCACAGACCCCAAGUCUCCCGGCCCAAAGGUGAGCCCUCGAGCAUUCCAGAGACCACCGUUCUGGGGCCUGCCAGGCCGACCCCUGGCCUCCGGGACCACUGCCUGCGGGAGGGUGGCCUGGGGGCCCUGGGCCCGGCCUGCGCCCGCCCCACCGGCAUUUUCUCGACUCACUGUUUACCUUCUCUCAAUGGUCCAACUGUGAUGAGCAGCCGAGCCCUGCCUCCCCUCCGCUAUGCAGCACGCUCACGGGUGCUAACUGACGGGUGCUACACGUGACGGGUGCUUCCCAGGCCCCACCAGCGCGACCCACCGCCUGCGUGCCGCUCAUCCGAAAGCCGCCCCUCGACCCGCCGACGGCCGCGCUCAGACUGCCUGCCGCCCGGCCCACGGCUGCGCGGGCGGCUGGGCCGGGCGGGCCGCGUGUCUCUGGUGCUGCCGCUGCCUGGGUGUGCCUUCCCGGUGCCGCUGGAAGCCCCUCCCGCGCACACCGGUCCGGGCGUCCGUACGUGACCUCUUGGGUUCCCAGCACCUGCCAGGCCCCAGUUAAACGCUCCGCCUCGUCUCCCUCCUCCACUCCCAGGCGCUGGGAGGCGAGGCUGGGCCCCGCAGAGGAGGGACUUCCUGCCUGGCCUCCGGCGGCUCCCGGUCAGGGGUUCCCUGCAGACUCCUGGGCUUCCACUUCACCAACCAGUUUAGAAUAAGCACCUUUGGUCCGGCCAAAAAGAAAAACCAAGAAUGUCCUUUCCCUCCUCCCCGUGGAGAGCUGUUGGGAUGGAUGGGCUGCUGGGAAGCACCGCCCGGGGGGGUGCCCUGGGGGAGACCAUGGCCCCCGCCUCCGAGCCCCGAGGACGUGGCUGGGAAGAGGCCGGCAUGGCGAGGGCUCUCCGUGGCCCAUGCUGUGCGCCGUCUCCCCUGCGUAUGCUGAUGGGGCAGCCGCCUGCUGCCAGCCCCUCGCGGCCCCCACUGUCCCGGCGACGAGGAGGGGUGCGCUCCCUGCACUGGAGGCGCAGACCCCGCUCGGCGGCCCUGCUCCUCGCCCGGCAGGCUGCUGUCGGGCGCGUUUCUGAGCCGCCCUCGUGCCCGGGGCCACGCUGCCGGCAGAGCCUGGGGGCGUUCUGACCUGACGGGAGAGGGGCGCUGCCGGGACCUGAGGGGCAUCGGGCACCCUGGCGGCUGCUGCCCGGCCCCAGGGCCCCCUCCAAGCCCCACGUGGGAACGGCAGGAGCUUUGGCCGCAGCGCCUCCUGCCCGGUGACCCCCGCACCCCUUCCUGCCCCGAGUUCCCAUCACAGCGCAGGGCCCAGGCCCAAGGCAGUGCCCGCUCUUUCUGGGCGAUGUCGGGUCCCCCACGGCCGGCCCAGCAACCUGUAGCCAAGGGGCAUCGUCAGCAGAAGAAAGGGGGUCUGGACAGACCCCUAAACAGCGGGGCCCCCAGGUGGGUCAUCCCUGGUCGGUCCGGAUGUGGGGAGAUUGGCAGGACCCCCCCCUUGCACCCCGGGGUCAGGCCCACAGCCCGUCCUGCAGCACAGGGUGAGGCCGGCACAGCCCAGCCGGCUCCCCCGCUAUCUCCCCGGGGCAGGCACUCCAGCCUGGCCCCAAAGCGCCCUCUGCUGGGGCUGGACUGGCCUCCUGGGGCUCCAGGGGCCCCGUCUGCAUGUGUGAGCGCUGGUGACGGGGUGGGUCUGCUCCCCAAAGCUCCUCAGCCAUGACCACGGCACUGUCUCCCGCCGGCCGGCCUGGUAGUUGUGGUUUCUGUAAAGGGGGAUGUGGCGGCCAGAGGAGGCCAGUGUGGGCAGGUGGCCUGGUCACCCCUGUGUCCAGGCAGCGCUGCUGGUCCCCAGGGAGCUGGCCCGAUGGGGGGGGCGGGGCCCAGAGACAUCGUGGGAGCAUCAUUGCUGCCUGGGCGCCGAGCUGUGCUUGCGUUUCAUUCUCCGCUGCCGCAUGUCCAUGUCCUGUGCCCUCGCCCAGCGCUGAGGCGGGCGCCGGUCUGCUGCCCCUGCCACCGCCGCGGGCGCUUAGAACUCGGUCCCUUAAACGGCCCGCCCGGCUCCCUGCGCCUUCUCUGCGGGAGCCGCUCUGAGGAAGCGGAGCCUCUCCAGUUCCCGCCGGACACACCAAAGAAGGCCACUCUCACCGAGGCAGCCCGGCCGCAGAGUGACGACCAGUGGUUCCGUCCGUGUUCCAGCUCUUCUAAGAAACAAGGCCGUGUGAUGAUCGCUCGGCAAUAACCAUCUGAGUCCGUACCAUGCCUGGUUUUCUCAUAGCAUUAUCAUGUUUUCUGUUUUGUUCACUGUAUCUUGCUGUGGUUUUAUUUAGUAUUUAUUUGUGUUUGGAGGUCUUGCGAUGUCUUUGUGUUCCUGAUGCUGAUAACUGACGUUUGUACGAGGAUAGAAUGCAAACCUGAGAUGCUAACCUGUCAUUAGAGGACAAUAAACCUGACGAAGGA